CUACAACUUAACUAGGUGAGAAUUAACCAUGGAGUUUUUUUCUACAAAGAUCAGACCAAAAUUAUGCAUUUUUUCGGCCAGCCCAUUUUCUAUAUUGACAACCAUGCGUCCAUGCCAAUCGAAGCCCAUUUUCUUACGGAGAUGAAAAUUAAAUACAGUAAAAUCCCAUAUGAAUCCAUCCACCCCUAGAUCAGACCAGCUUCUUCUUCUUCUUCUUCUUCCUCCACCGCAGAACUUAUCUGCAACUCUGCAAAUCAUGCAACAAUCUAAUAAAAAAAAGAUGAAGAAUUUCUCCUUGAAAAACCCAGUGGCUUUUAUCUGCAUCCUCAUCACAAUCUGCUGUUCCCUCUUCAUCCUAAUUCUCUCAGUCCUAAACCUCCCAGAAACUUCACUGGUCAACAACAAUGGCCAUCUGGGUCUCCCCCAAGCCUCAAUAAAACAUAACUCCCUCAAAAAUAAAGAACUGGGUAAGUUCGGGGAAAUGAUGAUUGAGAUGCUCCCACAAGAUCUUGUCUUCACAGCUUUUCUGCCAUCAGAUUCAGCAUUUGAGAGGGAUCUAGGGUUGAGUGUCAACGGAAGUUUGACCAAAGAUAAAGUCAACGACACGUAUGCAAUAGUCUCAAGAGUUUUAGGGUUUUCGGUGGUGCCUUUCAGAGUGGUUUCAGGUGGUGUGGAGCUUGGGAAAGAGCUUUUAUGUGAUUCUGUGUCUGGGUUUGGUCUGUUUGUGUCGAAGGAUGUUGAUGGGAUGUUGGUGGUGAACAGAGUGAAAGCGGAGAGAGUGGAUUUGCAGAGAGGGAAGAUUGUUGUGCAUGUGAUGGAUGGUGUGAUUAUGGAUGCUGAAUUUGAACAAGCUGUGAAGCCUGAUGAAGAAGAAGAUAGUUUUGAGUUGAAUUAAGAGAGAGAAGCUUCUUUGCUGAUGCCUGGAGCUUUUAGGAUAGGCAGUAGGUUCUGUUUCUUUUGUUGUAAAUCAAAAAGCAAUGUAUUUUUACAAAGAAUAUUAAGAAGGAUCACAUAAUUCACAUUUUUGGUACAAGGGAUA